AUGCGCGAUGCUCUGGAGAAAGACAGACGAAUCCACCGGGACAUCAGCGCGAACAACAUUAUCCUCGUCAAGGAGGCAGAUUCUGACACUCGUUAUCUUGUUGACUGGGAAACGUCUUGUCCCAUCGAUACAGAUGGCAACGCGGUUGAGCAAGGGCGAACGGGUACAUGGCGAUACAUGUCUAUUCGCGUCCUGAGAUGGAAAAACGAUCACGAAGGGUGGCAUCGAUUCGAGGACGACGUGGAAUCCCUACUAAUGCUGGUCUUACACUCCCCCCUUCCGGAGCACGGUGAAGACGUCAAGGACAAAUGGAAGGAUCCCGAAUUCGUUUACGACUUCUGGGCCAAGUUUCUACGUGACAGGGCUCUCACUCUAAAGACCGACAAUCGCGUGGAGAACUCAGUGGAGACCGUCGACAGCGUUGAAGCGACUUCCAUGACAAAAGAAUGCACACGAUACCCACAAUUCCCCGACACGACAUCAUUGGAGCGCGAAGAAGCGAUGGCCAGACUCGCCCCGUCAGAAGAGGAAGAGACGGAAAGUUCUGAGGAGAUCCGUCCGCGCCAGCCCCGGAGGAUCAACCUAGCAGCGCGCUGGAUAUUUACGACCUAUUGCUCGCCCCAAAGCAGCCCCAGGCGCGUCGCCCAAGCGGCAACAAAACUACCAAGAAUCUAUUGCUAG